GUUGAAACACGAGUUAAAUUGUCCACUUCUACUUCUAUAAACAACUUCCACACGCCUCCUCUCCUCUCGACGAGCAAGCUGCCUCCUUUCAUCAUGUCUCUCUCUCUUCCCUCAUCUCUCUUUCUCCUUCCACUUAGCAAAGCUCUUCAGCAGUCUUCCUCCAUCUGUACUUCUCGAUCUCUUCCUGUUACCCAUGGAUACAGAAUCAGCCCGGUAGCUCUAGCUAAGAAGAGAACAAGGUUGAAACAGUGUCAGGUUGCAACUGUAGAGGAUAUCGCAGAAGAUGUGUUACUUCCAAGAGAAGCAGAGGAGUUGAAGGAAGUUGAGGAGAAGUAUGAUUGGAGGGAGGAGUGGUAUCCAUUAUACCUAACAGCAGAGGUGCCUGAAGACGCUCCUUUGGGUCUUACCGUUUUCCACAAGCAGAUUGUUCUGUAUAGAGACUUCAAUGGUGUUCUAAGAUGCUACGAAGACAGAUGCCCUCACAGACUAGCCAAGCUUUCUGAAGGCCAACUCGUUGACGGGCGGAUCGAAUGCCUCUACCAUGGCUGGCAAUUUGAAGGCGAUGGAAAAUGUGUCAAGAUUCCUCAGCUACCUGAGGGAGCAAAGAUACCACGAGCAGCCUGCGUUAGGACUUACGAAGUCCGUGAUUCACAAGGUGUUGUAUGGGUCUGGAUGUCUGACAAAAACCCCCCAAACCUCAGCAAGCUACCGUGGUUUGAACACUAUGCUAAGCCAGGCUUCCUGGACACAUCAACAAUCCAUGAGCUCCCCUAUGACCACUCCAUACUCCUUGAGAAUCUCAUGGACCCUGCACAUGUCCCUAUAUCCCAUGACCGCACCGACUGGACUGCAAAGCGUGAGGACGCCCAGCCCUUGGUCAUGAAAGUCAAAGAGAGAUCAAUCCGAGGCUUUGCAGGCCAAUGGGGCCGAUCAAAGAACCCAGCAUUCAUGAAUUCACUCAGCUUCCAGGCCCCAUGUGUGCUUCAGAACAACCUCCAGAUUGUGGACAAGAAUGGAGUUCCCCAGUACUUCUCAGCACUUUUCCUCUGCAGACCAGCUGGACAGGGGAAGUCUAUGCUCAUUGUCAGAUUUGGAGCCAGUUCAAGGCCUCUACUCAUUAAUCUCAUACCAAAAUGGUUCUUCCACCAGAAUGCUUGUAAGGUUUUUGAACAGGACAUGGGAUUCCUCUCUUCACAGAAUGAGGUGCUUAUGAGAGAAAAGGUGCCAACCAAGGAGUUGUAUUUGAAUUUGAAAUUUUCUGAUACAUGGGUUAUGGAGUACAGGAAGUGGAUGGAUAGAGUAGGGAGUGGUAUGCCUUACUAUAUUGGACAUGAAACAUUGUCGAUGCCUUUGGAGGCGGCGGUGAUAGAGCAGGCGCCCGUGGGGGCUGCUGCAGCAGUUUCGGCAUCAAUGCCAGCGAAGGGAGGGGUCGGGGAGCUGUAUGCACCAAACCCAACUAAUCGUUACUAUCGGCAUGUUAUUCACUGCAAGGGGUGUAGGAUUGUUGUGAAGAGGCUUGAGAUAUUGAAGAAAGUGAUGAGGUUGUUGAGCUUAGCUGCUAUUACAGCUGCGAUUUUGACAGCUGAAAGGCAGUGGAAGGUGGCAAUUUUGGCUUUGGCCGUUGUUUUGCUUGGCGCAGCUCAGGUUUUUUCAAGUAUUUUUGAUCUUAUAACCAGGAAUUUCAUCAGGGAGCAUAGGAGGCUGUGAGAAGAGAUUGUUUUUUGUCUUUAUUUUUUUUGCCGUGGGGGUGGGGAUUGUGGAUAGUGAAAGUUUGUUGUAAACGUUAAUGUAGAGCUGUUACAUAUUUUCAGUAAGAAUAGUUGGAAUCUCUUUCAAUAAAAUUUAGGUUGAUCUUAUCUUGCAAACA